GGGUGGGGUGACGGCCCGUUCUGGCGUUGUGAUGUCCCUUCACCUUCAGGCCACGCUCUAGUCCACUUCGUUGCUCCCCUACCGUGAGCGGUUCCUGGCGGCCCUGGCGUAGCCUCUGUGGCGCUGUGGUCUGCACCAGGCGUAGACAGGACUCAGGGAGACCCAGGAAACCUAGAAAUGGACGCUGUGGCCAUUGAAGACGUGGCUGUGGACUUUACCCUGGAGGAGUGGGCCUUACUGGAUCCACCACAGAAGAAACUGUCUAGAGAUGUGAUGCAGGAAACUUUCAAGAACCUGGACUCAGUAGGCAAAAAAUGGGAAGAUCAUGACAUUGAAGAUCAGGACAAAAACCAGGGGGGAAAACUAAGAAAUCAAAUGGUAGAAAGACUCUGUGAAAGUAAAGAGGGUAGUCAAUGUGAAGAAAACUUCAGCCUUAUCUCAAAUCUGAGUCUGAACAAGAAAACUACUGGAGUGAAACCACAUGAGUGUGAUACAUGUGGGAAAGUCUUCACACAUCAUUUUUCCCUUAAUUGGCACAUCAGGUGUCACACUGGACAAAAACCAUACGAGUAUCUGAAAUAUGGAGAGAGGCCAUAUAAAUGUAAGCUUUGUGGGAAAGCUUUUAUUUUUUCAAGUUUAUUUAAAAUACAUCAAAGGAUGCACACUGAAGAGAAAACCUAUCAUUGUAAGGAGUGUGGGAAAGCCUUCCGUUUUCGUGCAACUUUGCAAAUACACAGAAGGAUUCACACAGGAGAAAAACAAUAUGAAUGUGAGGAAUGUGGGAAACCUUUCAUGUGGCUCACAAGUUUUCGAAGACACAUGGCAAUGCACAAUAUAUAUGGUCCUUAUAAAUGUAAACGAUGUGGAAAAGUCUUUAGAUAUCACCGUGCUUUUCAAUCACAUGAAAGGACUCACACAGGAGAGAAAUCCUACAAAUGUAAGCAAUGUGGAAAAGCUUUCAAUUCUCAACGAGGUUUCCAAGCACAUCAAAGAUAUCAUCAAGGAGAGAAUCCCUAUGAAUGUAAACAAUGUGGAAAAGUCUUUAGAUAUCCUCAUACUUUUCAAGCACAUGAAAAGAUUCACACAGGAGAGAAACUCUAUGAAUGUAAACAAUGUGAUAAAUUUUUCAAUUCUCGUCGAGGUUUUCAAGUACAUGAAAGAUAUCACAAAGGAAAGAAGCCUUAUGAAUGUAAGAAAUGUGGUAAUGCUUUCAGUUCUCAUCAAGGUUUCGAAAUACAUGUAAGAAGAAAUCACAAGGGAGAGAAACCCUAUGAGUGUAAGCAGUGUGGUAAAGGUUUCAUUUGUCAUCGAGGUUUCCAAUUACAUGAAAGAAAUCACAAGAGAGAGAAAUCCUCUGAAAUUAAAUGUGGUAAAGCUUUUGGUUAUUACCAUUACUUACAAUUACACAGAGAAACUCAUACUGGAGAGAAACCCCAUGAAUGCAAGGAAUGUGGGAAAGCCCUAGGCAGUAGCAAAGCCUUAAAGAUACACGAGAGACUGCACACAGGGGAGAAACCCUAUGAAUGUAUGCAAUGUGGCAAAGCCUUCAGGAAUCCAUCUGGAUUUCGGUCACAUGUGAAAAUACAUGCUGGAAAUAGACCAUAUCAGUGUAAGGAAUGUGGGAAAGCCUUCAUUUAUCCAUCACGCGUUCGAGCACACAUGCGAGUACAUGAUGUAAAUAGACCUUAUCAAUGUAAGGAAUGUGGGUUAGCAUUUUAUUUUCCCAGUACAUUACGCAGGCAUGAAAUGACUCACACUGGAGAGAAACCCUGUGCAUGUAAACACUGUGGUAAAGCCUUCAGAGAUCACAGUUAUUUAAAAAUACAUGAGAGAAGUCACACUGGAGAAAAACCCUAUGAAUGUAAGCAAUGUGGUAAAGCUUUUUCUUCUCAGCUAGGUUUCCAAGUACAUACAAGAAGUCACACUGGAGAGAAACCAUAUGAAUGCAAAGAAUGUGGGAAAUCCUUUAAUUAUCCCAGUUCCUUCCGAAGGCACAAAAAGACUCACAGGAUUUGUCUUCUUGAAUGUAAACAGCGUAAGAAAAUCUGAUCCACAUUCCUACAUGUGAAAAAAAAAGAAAUAUAAAUGUAACAUGAGAAAGCUCGGUGGAAAUUCAUGUGUAAUGUUCUAGAAGACUUUCAACAUGAAAAAAUUAUUAUAAAUGUAAGUAUAUUCUGUUUAUCAAGCCUCCUUAAAGUACAUUGUUGGACUGUGGAUUUCUACUAAUUAUUUUCAGAACUGAAUAUUCAGAUAAUUCUGUGAGUCAUCAUUCAACAAUAAAUAAUAUAUAAGACUAUAGGUAGUAUUCCUUCUUUAAAUCAGUGAAUAGUAUUUUAUAUUUCCAUUUUGAAACCUGUUAGAGUCAUAGGUGAAUUGAAGUGUAUUUCUAAUAGACAGUUUAAUUUUGUGAUAAUGUUCUGUUUGUUGAGUGUUAGGGGGACAUUGAAAAGUCUAAGUUUGGUUUUUGUUGGGAUUUUCCUACUAGUUUUGUGACAGUUUCUAGAUAUAUUUAGUCCAUUCUGUAUAUACUCUACCUUUCUUACUGAGAAAGCUGCUUUUGGCGACUGGUGGGUAUAGGAGCCUUUUUUUCACUUUCACACUAAGAAACCAUCAUAGUACAUUUUUUAUGUGUGCGAGUAUAUGAUAGUUUUAUGUGAAUUAUUGUUUUCAUACUGAUUUCUCCUUGGCAACACCAGGAGGCUGAGAGCCAGAAGAAUGACAGUUAGUGGCAGGACAUGGGUGAUGAGCUGAUUCCCUUCAGUCACAGCUGUCACGUGUUUACCAGAUCUGCUUCCUCACUUAAUCCCACAACACUUCCAAAUGGCUGUAGAAUUUGUUGACAUAAGUCACUCGACUAGCCUUUCUCUCCCAAGCUUUUUACUAUAGAACCAUCCAAGACUCUGCAGACCAGCCAUGGUGGACAUAAAUUACCCAGGGCAUUCUUAUUCAAAGACUGUUUUCCUCCGCCCAUGCCACAUACAGUUAGAGCAGCCAACACUGACAACUGACGAGAUCUUUUUGUCAUGGAGUCCCUCCCAGGCCCUCAGUUGGUCUGCUCUGUCGCCUGCUACCAAUUUUGCCUUGGGUCACGAAUGCAGGACCCUCAGGCUUCCUAACUAUACUUCUCAUUGAAGAGAUGCUAGUACUUACAGCACAGUGCUGAAAGUGGUGCCCCUGGUAUAUCCCACCUACCAGGGGAAGUGUGUUUCCUUCACAUUCAUGCAGUCUGUUCUAAAGGUCACUUUUCUAGACAUAUUGGCCACUUUGGGAGUCUCUGAGAAGCAUAUGAAUGAUGAGAAAAUUCAUAAAUUUUAUAGACAGUGUGCUCCCACCACACCUGAUGGACUCCCUGCAGAGAUGCUGUAUUUUGUCCCUAGUUCAAACAGGCCAUCCCUGAUCAAAGAUUGGACACAAACAGCAGAUCCGUUAGUUAAACUGCAGGCACUCAUGUUAGGAUUAGAGAACUCCCUGGCCAAGAAUUGAACUCAUUUACACAAUUUUAUAGCUCCUUUAGCCUCUGCCAAUAUGUAGCUGUCUCAUCCCACCAAUAGCAACAACUCCUUACUAAUGUCACUUCUUUGGCAUAAACUCUGGGAAUAUCUUUUCUGUUUCACUGCUUUUAGAAAAAGGAAGGGAGAGUCAGAGAAACAUUGAUGUGAGAGAGAAGCAUCGAUCAGUUGCCUCCCAUAUGUGCCCAGACCAGGGAUUGGGGAUCAAAGAUCAAACCUGCAAGCUAGGUAUUUGCCCUGACCAGGAAUCAAACCCAUAACCUUUCAGUUAUGGGAUGAUGCUCCAACCAACUGAACCACACUGCCCAGGGCUCCGGGAAUAUCUUGCUUCACAACAACCAAGUCAAGUCAAGUCAAGUCCACUUGUAAGUCUGCAUACAUCAAACCUCAGUCUGUAGAGGGUCAUUUUAACGCUCAGGGAAAUAAAUUGAGUUAGAUUUGUGUCUGACACAUAUACUGACACCUCUGAUAUGAUGCUGUUAACCUUGGCUCUGUGGGCCCACACAAUACUAACGCAUUUAAAGACCUCGUACCUAAAGUUCUAGGCAAAAUUGAAGAAACUUCCUUCCUUUGCCAUGGCUCAUUUAGUGACUGACAAAUGCACCUAAUGUAAGAAAAUGCACCACUGGUAAUAUAAUGAACAUACUUUCCAUACCAAGGAAAGGGUCCCUACAGCUAACGGCAAAUAUGGUUUUUAGUAGCCCCUCACCACAUCUGCUGGGCUGCUUGCUGCGCUCACACCAUGGUAGAAACUCAUAGACAAAUUACUCGUCCUAUCAUACAUGAUCCUACUAAAGUCAAAAAGCAGGCACUUAAGAAAGACAGUCUAGAAAUUAAAAUGGAACACUGGGCUCUUAAAAGAAGGCAUUCCAUGAACCUUGCAUCUCUCUUAUGACCCUCCUCCACUCUCACAGGUUGGCCUAAUUGUUAGGAGGAACCUUGCUUCUAAAUGGAUCUUCCUGCUGUUUGAGGCAUUACUUAGAUUCAGUGCUCAGUCGUUAGAGCCUGUUGCUGUUGUUCUGAUCGUCAGGCUUACCAGACAUUUCAGUCAGAAUGGUCUCUCCUACAGAUCUUUGGUUUAUUGGAACAGUGUGUCCCAGCCACAACUCCUACAUCCACUCCUGGGAUGUCCUGUGUAUCUAUUUCAUUUUCACCACAUUUCUUCAAAGCCCCUCCACCCAUCCACCACAAACGGGCUGACUUCCUACCAAUUAUGCUCAUGCACUCAUUGUCCUGGGAGGCACUGGCGCUGACCUGGGCACACGUGACGAUCAUUCAACAAGCAACCCAUUAAUGCCAAUGUGGUAAUGUCAAAAACACACAAAAAAAUACAUAUCACAGCUAAUGAUUCAGAUGGUGUCCUUGACAGAAAACCCUGCAGUAGCUGAUGACAUCUUGGAUUUGGUGUAUUUAGUAGCAACCAGAGAGAGUCAUGUUCCCCUAAAAUGGCUGCUGGCCGCACAUGGGUGGGCUACCCUGGGAAGGUGCCACCAAAACCACAACACAGUCGAAAUAACAUUACUAAGCAAUUAGAACCGUUCUGGAACCAUACUCUCUUGGAUCUCUCCAACACCCGAGGAUGACUGGACUCAAACGGGUUUUGUUAGGUUUCACAGUUUAGUUAUAAUAUAUCAUUGGUGCUUUUUACCUGCCUUUUAAUUUAUGUUCAAAUUCUUUUAAAGGCGAUGUGACACAGUUCAGUCAACAAAGCUCAGGAGAAAAAAAAGCCCAGGAGAGAACUUCAAUAAGGGUGCUGAGCUCACUUUUGAUAUUUGACCUUUAAUUAGUGUAGACACCUGCACACCCUGCUCGACCCACGUAGGGAAACCUAUGAUGUUGACACGUCUCCCUUUGAGUGAGCAGGUAAAAGAGUCUAACCUUGAAUAUUUCCAGCCUCUAAUCCUACACAUCUUAAAGGGCCAACCCAUUCUUCUUUGUGGAAGCCACCUAUAUGAAGGUACCUUUUAGAAGGUACCUUUGAGUAAUAAUUUUUCUCUUCAUUUGAUGCAUGUGGUAACAUAGUCUUGACAUUUGGUCCUAUUUUAAGUAAGAUGUCCAGCCCUCAAAAGGGGAACGAUAGCCCUGACCGGUGUGCUCAGUUGGUGGAGCAUCAUCCUGCAAAGUAAAGACUCGCUGGUUUGACAUCCAGUCAGGGUGCGUACAGGAGGCAACCAAUUAAACUUUCUUGCACUGACGUUUCUCAUCCUCUCUUUCUCCCACCACUCCCCUCUCUCUAAUAAUAAAUAAAAUCUUUUUUAAAAAAGGGCAAUGAUAGCUCUGGCUGGUGUGGCUCAGUGGAUUAAGUGCCUGUGAACCAGAAGGUCACCGGUUCAAUUCCCCAUCAGGGCACAUGCCUGGGUUGCAGGCCAGGCGUCCAGGUGGGGGUGUGCAAGAGGCAACCCACUGAAGUAUCUGUCACACAUCAAUGUUUCUCUCCCUGUCUUUUUCCUUCCCUUCCCAUAUCUCUAAAAAUAAAUAAAAUACUUUUCUGAAGGACAAUGAUAAAACAAGGCAAUCAAUGGGAAAGGUUUUUCAGGUGACAAAUAGCUGUCCACUGUGGGGAACUUUGAGAUGAUGAGGGGAAGAAAUUCAAAAUGCAGAGAUUCUAUUAUCAUAUUUUUAGAUUCACUGGCUACAAAAGAAAACCUUUGAAACCACCAAUAAGGGCACUAGCAGUAGGAUUAAUCAUUAAAAAUGGUAUAGUGUCAUAACGGAAAUAAAGAGCAACACAAGUGAAUGAAUGGUUUCUGUCCAAACAUGUAAAUAGCUUGGAGUGCCCAUUCUCAUCUUCACAACAAUAAAAAACUGAAAAAUCUAAAGAACAACAUUUCUUCUUAGAUCCAUGAGAAGUUUAAGGUUAUAUGGCAAAGCAGUGCCCCCAAAACAAGAGACUGGAGACUGUGGAGAACUGCUGCUCACUGAAAGCAGAGGCCAAUGGAGCCAGCAACUGCCAGGAAAGUGUGAACUAUAGUAGAUGAAUUAAAUUGCUGACACAGUAAAAACUAGCUUAAGAUUUACAAAUUCAAAGUGGAGGCCUGUCUUUAGAGUGCUCCCCACAGUUCAUGAAUUUUUUGCAGGAACCCAAACAGAUUCUAAUAGUGAAUCUUGG